AUGUUGGGACCAUUGUGCCUAUUUUUCAGGGACAUACUCAUAGGGUACUCAGCACAAGUGAGGCAACUCGCGUACACUCUGCUCGAGUUGAUAUCGGAGGCUCUGGGGUUGAAACCAAGUUACCUGAAGGAAAUGGAAUGUGCUGAGAAGAUGCUGAUACUGGGACACUAUUACCCUUCUUGCCCGGAACCGGAAUUAACAAUGGGCAUGACAACCCACGCAGACAAUUACAUCUUGACCAUACUCCUGCAGGAUCACAUCGGGGGUCUCGAGGUUCUAUAUGAAAAUCAGUGGGUUGAGGUUGUUCCAUUGCAGGGAGCUCUCAUUGUCAACAUUGGCAAUCUUCUUCAGGGUAAGCUGAAAAUGAUGGGCAAUCCGCAUAUGCUGGUAUUAUCGAACGACAAGUUUAUCAGUGUCAACCACAGGGUACUGUCCAAAAAAGAAGGCCCAAGGAUUUCGGUUGCAACCUUCUUCAGGGCACAAGAUAUGAUGGGCAAUGCAUCAAGAUUUUAUGGUCCCAUCCCCGAAUUGAUAUCGGGGGAAAAUCCCCCGGUCUACAGGAAUAUCGAUAUCAAAGAAUACAUGGACUACUUCAUCAGUAAAGGGCUCAAUGGAAGCUCUGCCUUGACACCUUUCAGGAUUUGAUGCCAAUUGUCCCUGGCUGUAGGUGUCUGAAUAUAGCUCUCCGGAGUGAUGAGAAAUUCCUGAAAAUUGACGGGAAAAGUUGAAAAAGAAAAUGCUUGUUUGCUCGCCCUGUUUUCGGUGCUGCGACACUGAACUGUUGAAGAGAGUUUACGGGAGUUUCUUUAGCAGUAACGAAAUCAAUCUAGUUGAUUAAAAUCAUCAACUUGCAGAAUGCUAAACCGAUCUCAGAAGACAGUAAUGGUGUUAAUCGGUAGUUUAUAGAUGACAUUUUUCGGCUUGGCCUUUGGUU